GCAGACGGCCGUGGCUUCUCUGUUCUUCCUGAGGCUACAGCAACAGCUGGAGGUGUUCCUGGGGAGAUGGCAGGACAGCAUGGAGUACCUGAGCAGGCUGCAGCUGGCAGGAGCCAUGGAGGCCUUGGAGGCAGCUACAAGGUGAUCGUGUACGAACUAGAGAACUUCCAAGGGAAACGCUGCGAGCUCUCAGCCGAGUGCCCCAACCUGACUGACAGCCUGCUGGAGAAGGUCAGCUCCAUCCAAGUGGAGUCCGGGCCGUGGCUGGCAUUUGAGAGCAGGGCCUUCCGUGGGGAGCAGUUUGUCCUGGAGAAGGGGGAUUACCCUCGCUGGGAUGCCUGGUCCAACAGCCGUAAUAGUGACAGCCUCCUGUCCCUCCGGCCUCUGAACAUUGAUAGCGCGGAUCACAAGCUGCAUCUGUUUGAGAACCCAGCUUUCAGUGGCCGCAAGAUGGAGAUAGUGGACGAUGACGUGCCCAGCCUGUGGGCUCAUGGCUUCCAGGACCGUGUGGCGAGUGUCCGCGCCAUCAAUGGGACGUGGGUUGGCUAUGAGUUUCCCGGCUACCGUGGGCGCCAGUACGUGUUUGAGCGGGGCGAGUACCGCCACUGGAAUGAAUGGGACGCCAGCCAGCCGCAGCUGCAGUCUGUGCGCCGCAUCCGCGACCAGAAAUGGCACAAGCGAGGGCGCUUCCUCAGCAGCUGAAAGGCACUCGGACCUCAAGGACCCAGACCCACCCUGCGGGGGCUGCCAGGCCAACAGGAGGAGGCUCCAGGGCUGGGAUGAGGGCCAGCCUGUCCGCCCUCCCCUGGAAUCUGCUCAAUAAAGCCUGGGGUUGGUCCCCCAUCUGCCA